GUCAAGAACUUUCAACAUGGCACCCACUGGAUUGGCAAUUCUCAUCGGCGCCGGGCCCGCAACGGGCGCAGGCAUCGCCCGAAUCCUCUCUCACCCCUCUCACGGGAACAUGGCCGUUGCUCUCCUCGCCCGACGUCCAGAACCCCUCAACGAUCUCGUCAAAUCCCUCCGCUCCCAAAACUCCGGCGCCGUGCUCGAGUCCUUCCCCACGGACACGGCACCCGACAAUCUCAAGAAAGCCUUUGCGGACAUUAAAGCGCAUCAAUCCUUCUCCGGCUUGAAACUCAAAGUCGCCAUUUUCAGCGUCAAGUCGAGUUCCAAGAAACCGUUCAUGGAGGAGACUUUUGAUCAAUUCAUGGAGCCGUUGGAGUCGUAUGUGGGUGGCGCGAUGGUGUUUGCGCAGGAGAGUUUGAGGAGGAUGUUCGAGGACCAUGGGGAGAAGACGUUGGCUGAGGGCGCGGAGAAGAAGGGCACGAUUAUUUUUACUGGAACGUUGGGUGCGUUGCGAUGCAAUGCUGAGUAUGGAAGCUAUGGUGCUUCACGUGGCAGUGUAAGACAGCUCGCACAGGCGCUCGCACGUGAGAUGUCUCCAAAGGGCGUGCACGUCGCACACGCCAUCGCGAACGGCCGUAUUACAGACGCCGACUCCGACGAGACCAAGUCUGGAAAGCACAUCGCUGCCGAGGCAGUGGGAAAGACAUACCUCUGGCUGGCAAACCAGGACCCCACGUUGUGGACCCAUGAGCUGGAUCUCCGCCCGGCGCAGGAGAAGUUCUAG